GUGAAACAGUAUGAGUGUGGCAGCACAUCUGUUCCACAAGAAGAUUGCCUCCAGUACCACACUGGAAAAACUGGGAAAUUUUUCUCAUUUGCUUGGGAUACAUCAGUUACAACUCUGUCUACUACCUCACAUGUCCAUUUAGCGAGUCAGUAUUAUGAUAUUUGCUUCCGAAGAGAACGAGGAUAUUGCUCAAUAUGCUUCUCACCAACUAUCACAGGAACAAAUGCUGCUAUUAUUCGGACAUCCUUUGGAAUUAGUGCUUCCGGAGUUGGCACUGCCUCAACAGCUGUAACCGGAAGUCUUUGUGGCAGUACAAUUACUGCUGCAACUUCUACAUCAUUGGCUUACCAAGAUUACAUUGAGGUCAUAAAUCUUCAGGUUGCAACUGCUGCUAUCGCUGCUAUUACUCAUACUGUUGGAAGAAACAAAAUAUGUGGUCAAAAGUUCAGUGCAGCUCCUGGUGCAACUGGUUUGGUUUCAGCAACUGCUUGCACAUUUACUACGCCUUUCAGAUGGGGAGUUAGAUUUAACCAGGCAGAAGCCUUGUCUACGUUGCUUAUUGCUGGAACUGGAGAUGCCAGAAAUCUUUGGGAAAAUUUCGGAUUAGGAGGAGGAGGUACUCAUGGAUUUUACAUGGACUACUGGCAGGUCGCUUGUUAGAUCAGCUGACAGGAACACAGUCAGUAGCUGAUAGACUGUUGUUUAUCUUAUAGAAAUGUUUGUUAUACUGUAUUUGCACAAGCCUUCGUAAGUAUUUCUGAUUUUAAAAGGCAAUUUAACUUCCUUGCUGGAUGAUUUAUUUCUCUGUAAUGAAGUUUGGCGUAUGUUGACAUACAAUAAAUGAUAUACUUGAUGAAGUACAGUGGUCAACAUUCUUAGACAGGGAAGAAAAAGUUCCGGUCUAAGGUUAUUUGACAGUACGUUUAUGAUAUACAGUAAAAUGACCCAUAGUACCUUAGCACUGAACUUUUCUUUCUUUUGCAGAAAAUUUGGAAAGUGAGGCCCCGUACUUAAUGUGCAGAAUAUCGUGCACUUCUUCUGUUAACAUGGGUUGAACAUCCUUAUAGGAAAUUAAAUCAUCCUUACGAGAAAGUUUUAUUUUGGCUGGUGGAAAUACAGUGUCGUUAAUAUCACAAAUAGUUUCUUAGUUAUUAUGUUGUAUUGUUUCUCAGUAAUUAUCUUGUUUUGUUCGUUAUCAUCGUUAUUAUCCUUAAAGCUGUAUUGUAACCAAUAAUAAAUUGUAUCAAUUAACUGUAUAAC